GCAGGAGCAGGCAGACACAGAGGCUCCGCCAGGAGAAGGGAGUGCUCUCAGGCCGGUCCACACGCUGAAGGUCAGGAUGGUUCUGAGCGGGGCCCUGUGCUUCCGAAUGAAGGACGCAGCACUGAAGGUGCUCUAUCUGCAGGACAACCAGCUGCUGGCCGGUGGGACGCAUGCAGGGAAGGCCAUGAAAGGUGAGGAGAUCAGCGUUGUCCCCAAUCGGUUUCUGGACGUCAGCCUUUCUCCAGUCAUCCUGGGCGUCCAGGGAGGGAGCCAGUGUCUGUCCUGUGGGACGGGGCAGGAACCGACUCUGAAACUAGAGCCGGUGGACAUCAUGGAGCUCUACCGCGGCCCCGGCGACUCCAAGGGCUUCACCUUCUACAGGCGGGACACGGGGCUCACCUCGAGCUUCGAGUCGGCCGCCUUCCCGGGCUGGUUCCUCUGCACUGCGCCUGAAGCCGACCAGCCCCUCAGGCUCGCCCAGCUCCCGGAGGACGGGGCCUGGGACCACCCCAUCGCAGAGUUCUACUUCCAGCAAUGUGACUAG